AUGGACACAGAGACGAAUCGUGUCAACUCGACUCUAUCCUUGAUAUCAUCCGCUGAUCUCACCCCAACAGAGCACUGGCUGCUGAAGAGGUUCCUCUGUCAUGCGGUCGAUCCCGAAUACGCGGCGCAGUAUGUCGCCAGGAGAAUCGAAGCCCAUGCUCCUAACGAUGUCGAAGGCGUCCUGCGAGAUUUGAAGAGCGAGUGGAAACAAGUGACCCAGAAAUUCUCGCGGCGAGUGGAUGUACCGCUAGGUCUAGAAGGCCUGGUCCGACGCCGGGAUGGCGAUCAAUGCUGUCUGGUUGGUUCUAAGGUUGAUCCGAGCGCUAGAGGCUUUUCGCGUGCGGAACCUGCUUGGAUCAUUCCACCUAACAUCUUCCAUGAUGACCAACUAGUCCCUGAAACAAAGGAAUCGCUUUAUCCGCUCUUGGAUGCCUAUUUUACGCCCGCCAAAGUAUCCCAACUACAAACCAUGCUCUCUGAGCCGAGCCACGAACGGGCACUCGAGAACCUUUGGCUUCUAUCACCGGGUGCUCACACCGCUUUCCGGGCUGGUCACAUCGAGGUUGUGGCAUCGACAUCUGCUGGCGAAUGGACUGACCAGGCCGAAUUGCAGCAAAAGGACGGCAACUCCAAGCACUAUGUGGCUAGUACGCACCCAAAAGAUUAUAAGGAUUUUCCUCUCAGCGAUGGUACUACUUUCGCCGGAUUCCAACACUUCAAGAUUGAUACUCUCGACCCAGCGACGUAUUGCCUACCCAGCCCAACCUUAUUCCGUACCCACUACAGAAUUGCCUCCGCAGUGCAGCUCUUUCAUGUCGAAGACCUUAUAGCUGCCGGCUGGCCUAGGCUUUCUACAUUCACUUGUGGGAAAUCCACCCUACAGAUACUGCGCAAGUGCUGGCAUCUUGUGCCCAAGGCCGGCAGAGUGUGCGCUUACCAACUCCUGUCUCGACUCGGAGAGUACCUUUAUCCGCUCGAAACCGGUACCGUGGUCAGACGGCUCCCUCUGGGACUAUACAUGAAAACAGUCGGGCGCUCCCAACAGAACGAGGGCAUGGCCUUGCGCUUGGUUGAACAACACACAUCGAUUCCAGCGCCCCUCUGCAUUGACAAGUACCAAGAAGGCGAGGACGGAAUUCUCAUCAUGACAACGGUCCAGGGCCAGACGCUCCUCAGUGUCUCUCAUCGGAUGUCCUACCCUGAGCGUAGGCAGCUUUCCGUAGACUUGAGAACUGUGGUCGACCAGAUUCGAAAAGUUCCCAAUCAAACCUCCUUCCGCUUUGCAAAUACCUUAGGGGGCGCGAUUUGUGACCAGCGUGCCGGAAUCCUCGGUCCAUUCAACGAGGAAAGCGACUUCAGUAGCCGGCUUCUUCCCGAAUAUACGCCCACAGAGACGAGAGAAGCCGCAGCUCUCGUUCAUACGCGUCCGCACAGGUCGUUCUUCACCCAUUCUGACCUGCACUGGACAAAUCUCAUGAUCAGUCGCGGAAAACUGAAUGGGAUUGUCGAUUGGGAAUAUGCCGGAUACUACCCCGAGUAUUGGGAGUUUACCAAAGCCAUGUACGGGAUCAUUAACCAUCCGGAGCUGGAGAAGAUUCAUUGGGACGCAUUCGGAGAUCUCUACAAAGACGAGCUGGAGAUCGAAAGACGACUAUGGUACGAAUCUCCAUUUGGUCUGUAACUUGGUG